AUGGUCAAGAAGCAAACCGAAGAGAUACAGAAAACGGUUUCUGAUCCUUCAUUUCCAGAAAAAAUCGACGAUUUCACAAAUGAAAACGCGGGCCAACACAUUGAAUCAGGAAGCAAAAGGAGUCAAAAACGGACACUGACCGACGUCCGAACCGUUCAUCUACAUAAGCGAAGAAGGGUUGAAGUUUCAGAGCAGCUUAUCGAUGCAAGUCAACGUGAGAGCUCUCAUGAGAGAACUUCAACUCCACAUGGCCAAAGAUUCCAUCAAUAUGCUCCAACGCUGAGUCAGGUAUCGAAUGCGAUGGUUCUUGAUCCAACGACUGCCACAUCAACUUCCGAUCUAUCGAAACCUAUUCAAAGUGCCCCUGCUUUGUUAAAAUCAUCAAAACAAUUAGCAGCAUCGGCUUCCUCUCAAAGAAAUGAUGUUUUCCCUCAAUUGUUGGUGUCUCCACUCCCACACCCUGAUUGUUUCCGCAAUAUCAUUCACAAUUCACCUAUUUCCGUUCGUUCCUGCCGAUUGAAGUGGGCUUACCAUACUCUAGAAAAUAAUUGUGUCGACGGCACCAUCCGUGUUCUUCUGAAGCAGAAUCAUAUCAAUAAGUUGCAGCAGAGCAAUGGUCUUCAAUUGGCUAGUAAAGCAUUCAUUCUAAACCAUCUUCUCGAUUCUGCAUUUUCUAUCGUGAAUCGUCGUGUUGCACCCACCAUAACACUAGAAGAUAAUAGAGACUUUUUCCGAAAACACGCUUUGUUUGACGUGGAUCUCAUGAUCAACAAUGAAGACUAUCGAGUGCAUCAUUUGAAGUAUCUUAACUGCUGUAGAUUCAGUUUACAAAUGAACGAAGAUAUGGAGCGAAUAAUGGGAUGGUUUACUAAAUUUGUAUCACUUGCCACAUCCACUCGAAAGUAUCUUAUUGGUGUUCUCGGAAGACAUGUUACCCAAAAGGAACAUCCUAACGUUCAUCACCUUUUAACCACUACCAAAUCUGUCAGAAAUCACUAA